CCUUGCGCAAUGUUUUGCCCGGGUCUCUGGCCCCCGCGCAGCCAAUGCGGCUCCCGCAGGAAGCCACGUGGAGCCUCCCCAGUCCUCCCCCCACGGGCCGCCCCCUUUCUCCUCCCCCUCCUCCUCCUCCUGCCAUCGCCGGGCAGCCAUGGCCACCGAGAGCCCCCUGGAAACUCUGCAGCGGGAGAUCACCUGCUCCAUCUGCCUGAGCUACUUCAAGGAGCCCGUGUCCAUCGAGUGCGGCCACAACUUCUGCCAGGCCUGCAUCGCGCAGUGCUGGGGCAAGGCGGACGCCGAGACCACCUCGUGCCCGCAGUGCCGCCGCUGGUCGCGCAAGAGGAGCUUCAGGCCCAACCGGGAGCUGGGCAACGUGGUGGAGGUGGCCAAGCGGCUCCGGCUGGACGCGGCCGCCACGCUGGCCGGCCAGCGGCUGUGCGAGAAGCACCAGGAGCCCCUCAAGCUCUUCUGCGAGGAGGACGAGACGCCCGUCUGCGUCAUCUGCAGGGAGUCCCGGGCGCACAAAGCCCACCCCAUGCUCCCCAUCGAGGAGGCGGCGCAGGACUACAAGAAACAAGUUGCCGCCCAUGUGAAAGUUCUGACAGAACGGAGGGAGAAGCUGAAGGAAUUGAAAGAAGACCUGGAGUGCAGAAGGCAGGCUGAUCAGGAUGAUGUACAAAGUGAGAAGCAGAAGGUGGAGUCUGAAUUUAAUCAGAUCCACGAGUUCAUGGAAAAAAUUGAGCGUUUCCUGGUUAUCAUGCUGAAGAAGUUUGACAAGGAGAUCGUGCACAGGAGAGACGUGGAAUCCAGCAGGUUCUCAGGGGAGAUUGAUCGCCUCGAUGCCUUGAUCAGCGAAGUUGAGAACAAGUGCCAACAGCCUGCCAGUGAAUUCCUGCAGGACAUCAGGAACAUUUUGAGCAGAUGUAAAGAAGGACAGAUUUCACAGAUGGCGGAAAUUGCUUCCUCUCCGACUGAGCUGGAAAAGAAACUUGGGCAUUUCAGUCUGAAAAAUAUUGUUAUCAAGGAGGCACUGGAGAAAUGUCGAGAGACAAUGAUAUCUGAAUUAGCAAAAGCAAGGACAAUGGAAGCAUCAGCUAAAAGGAUAAGCGUUACUCUUGAUCCCGACACAGCUCAUCCCCUCCUUGUGGUGAGCGAAGACAGGAAAAGUGUGAAACGUGGAGACAUGGUUCAGCCGCUGCCCAACAACCCCGAGAGAUUUGACUCCACUCUGAUUCUCCUGGGCAGCGAGAGAUUCGCCUCAGGGGUACAUUACUGGGAGGUGGAGGUGGGUAAUGGGCAGAACUGGGCCCUUGGCGUGGUCAAAGAGUCUGUGAUAAGGAAGGGACCUGUUGUCACUUGCCCCAAUGAAGGCAUCUGGGCUUUGGGACUCUGCGGGAAUGAGUACAGGGCUUUCACUUUAGCCGAGACUCGUCUGACCCUAGAUGAAGCCCCGGAGAAAAUCCAGGUAUUUGUGCAUUAUGAAAGGGGUUGGGUGGCAUUUUUUGACGCUGGUUAUAUGUCCCUCCUUUUUAUUUUCCAGUCAGCUAAUUUCUGUGGGGAGAGAAUUUGUCCUUUCUUUAAAUUGUGGGGCCUAACUACAGAGCUUAGAAUGUGCCCCUGAAAAUAGCCUCUGCAAUAUGUUGGUCCAGCUUGUUUUUGCAAUUCCAUUCCAUUCAUAAUUUUGUACAGAAACACAGAAAUUGGCAAAGAAUUUUCAUUUUGAAAGGAUUUUGACUUAACUCCAUGAAGAGAAGGAGCCUUCAUUUGUGGAAGAAGAGUUCCAUGAGCGCAAGCUCCUUCUAUUCACAGCUAAAAAGUUAGGCUCAAAAUCCGUUUUUUUAAAAAAUAAGUAAAGGAGCAAGUUUCUUCCUGUCCCAAACCAUUUUAAUUUAAAAGAAAACAACUUCUAAGUUCACAUAAUUCUAGAGAGGGAGAAAGAGCAUUUUGCAUCAUAAGAAACAUUUAAGUGCAGGCUGAAUAUUAUAAAUACAUUUCUAUACACUUUUAUAUUGUAUUAUCUCAGCUAGCAUUCAUAUUUCUACUUAACUUGCAUUCUCACCAUCCUCCCCACUGAUCUUAUUGGCUGGGGCUGAAAGGAGUCAAAGUCCGACAUCUCAAGGGCCACAGGUGCCCACUCUGGAUUUAAGCUAUGGUUUGCUUAACAAGCCAUGAGUUAAUUGCAAGUUGCUUCAUAGACAGACAAACCAUGGCUUGUUUCUCCAGAGUUUGGUUUGCUUGCUAGUUGCUUUUGCCUCAUUCCUUUGAAGCUUGGCAAGUGUCUGGGGUGGAAUGGCCAAACAGUUCACAGUUAAGGAAGACUGUACUGGGUUCACAUUUAACAGGAAGCCAUAGUCAAAACAAACCAAGUUUCAUAAGCCAGCCGCAAGCUCUGCUUUUAGAUUGUGGUUCGUUGACAGUAAACACACUAUUAAGGCUUUCUGUAGGGUUCACACAUAAUGCUCAGCCACGGUUUAAUAAACGAUAGUUUAGUCCGGUCAUAAACCAGACCUUGCGUAUGUAUAGGAGUUUAUUAAAUACGCACUUGUUUGUUCCCUGCAAUCCAGACAUCUUCCCUCAGGGCAGUGUCUGUGCUGCAGGAAUGCUUUCCCUCCCAACUCUCAGGCAGCAGUGCUUCUGUCACUUGGGAAACAAGAUGCUUUGCUCCAGGCUAGCAAGUUUAUGGUUAAUAGAAGUGUGCUCUGUGGCGCUGGUCUUCAGCUGGUGGGUUGCGGCCCUAUCUAAGGUGGGUCGCAAAAGGAGCACUACCUCCAUGCCAAUAUAUGGUUAAAGAUUAAGAAGUGGGUCCCCGAAUGUAUGUUGCACUGAAAAUUGGGUCCUGGGAAUGAAAAGGUUGAAGAUACCUGCUCUAAGGAACGUGGCUGUGUUUGACUUACUUGCACUGCAUCCAAUGGGUGGCCACUCGCAUCAGCAGUGGUGACCAACGCAACACCUGCUUCUCCCAUGUCAACACCGUCGGACGACCUUUCACAUGCUGCUUAUUACCAGUUUAUGAAAUAGAUGCUGCUGUACCACUUCAGCAUAUGAGCACUUAUCCUACCCCAUUUAUUUUAUUGUUAUUUGUUUCUUAAAAAGGAAGGCUUUCCCUUUUUCCAUGUCACUGGCACGCUGGGGGUCAUAGAAUUGUAGGGUUGCAAUCUAGUCCAAGCCCCUGCAAUGCAAGAAUGUCAACUCAAUCGUUCAAGACACAAUGACCACCCAAACUCUGCUUAAUAGCCUCCAGGGAAGGAGAGUUCACCAUCUCUUCUGGGAGUCUGUUCCACUGUCAAACAACUCUUCCUGCCAGAAAGUUAUUCCCAACGUUUAGUCAGAAUCUCCUUUCUUGGCAGCAAGUUGGCGGAAAGUGGUAUGUAUAACGCUUGCACCUUAGGAGCUUAUGUAAAUGAGUGCUUUGCUAAUUGCUGAAAUCCCAGUCACUUGUCCCCCUUGGUCUGGAUUUGUGCGGGACAUCUUAGUUAUGUUCAAAAUUGAUAACAUACUGCAUUGAAAUAGAAUGAAGACUUGAAAGAUGCAAAGAUUAAAAUGCAGUAGGUGUUCCCUACCUUGAUGGAUAAACCCAGAAAAGUAAGGAGGGUGUGCGGAGUAGUCCUUGGCUGUAUUUUCACUGCAUAGUUAAAUGGUUAUGGCUUUCCAGGAUCCCUGGAAUUUGUAGAUUUUCCACAACAGAAUUUGGAAAUAUCCAUUCCCACCAUCGGGAUUCCUUGUGAGAACAGCACAGUGGCUAAUCUAGCCUAGCUCAGGUUUACCAAAGCAGCCACAGCUUCAAUCCGUAAACCAGAUAAACUGGAGUCUUUGCUUUUAGGUUGUUAUGUCCUUUGUUUUUACUGCGACAAAACAGGAUUAAGGGGGAUUUGCUGGAUUAUGGCUCCACGUCUUACACACUUACCUGGGAAUAACUCCUCUCAAGCAUAAGACUUGCUUCUUAGUAAUCAUGUAUAGGAUUGCACUGUUAAGUGAUUUAUAAAUGGCUCCCAUGCUGACACAUCGGCACUUUUGGAAGAUGUGUUUCUUUUUUGUUAAGGUUCAACAGAUUUGCAUAUAUUUUGAUCCAGAAAACUGUCGUGUCAUUGCAUUAAAAUUCCUUUUGUGAACAGA